CACCGUGCGGCUCCAGUUCCCAGAGCAGUCUCGGAGCUCUGCUGCAUCUAUUUUUGCGGCUCUCCAAGGAAUGUUCCUCUAGCCAUUGCUAGCAAAUUAGUCACACUGACAGCGGAGCAGUGCUCUGGGAAUGCUGUAAUUUGUGGCAACACUGUUCAGGCUCCUCCAACUGUGUGACUGCUGGCCAGCUAAAUGUUGCAUUUUCCUGUAAAUUGUUACUUUUGUGCCUAAGGCAAAGCACGUUACUUCGAAACCCUCGGUUGAGGAUUAGAUGAUUAGGCAGGUAUGUGAUUGACAAAUAGAGUGGGAUUUCCCCCCCCCUUCUAUUUCCAUAAAAUCUUCUCCACUGCUCUUUUCACCCACCAAUAAACCUCCUUCUCUGCACUAUGACUUAGGCUUAAGAUUUCCUCAUGUGUGCAGCCUGCCCUGCUUUCUGACUGUGGAUACCCUGCUUGUUAAAGUUAGACCUCAAAGCCCAGCAAUACACACUGUGUGUGUAUCUAUAUAUAUAAAUCUAUACCUCCAUCCAUCCUUGGGAGUCAUCAAGAACUGAUUACUCCACAUACAACUGAUUUACUUGACCUGUAAGUCAAGCCAACAUCACAGGAAUGAUAAAGAUGGACCCCCAAUACCACUACACAAAAAAGGCUGGCUCUGCUGGCUGGAAGAGAGGCACAAGCUUAAAUUCUGCUAAAAACAAAUGUUGGUCUCUAUUUUCAUACAAGAAGCAGUGGGUCCCAAUGAAGCAGCCUGGAGUUAGUGUUCACACCAAUGUAUGUACCAGUUCACAGCUCAGUCAGAGUUCUCAGAACUGGCCUUUUAUGUCUAUCUACAAACCAAAGUAACUGAUUCCAUCCCCAGGCUGUGUCACAGACACUGACCUACUGCCCAGCCUGCUCUAAUGACAAGGUAGCUCCGUCAGGGAACAAAUAUGCUCAGUAUUCCUGCUAGAAUUGCUGUAUGAUGAAAGCUCUCUGAAAUCUCAUUCAGGCUGCCCUCACCCAUUGCUUACUUCUCAUGUCCUUGUUUCUUAGUUCCCUGCUGCCCUGGAUAAUAAACACAGACAGCAGCACAACCAAACAGCUGGGUCUGACGAGGGACUGCUCGUUAGCUGCAAGCAUUGCUGACUGGCAACUUUCUACUGCAUUUUUCCAAAGACCAGGGCCAUCAAACAGUGAAGGUGCAAGCAAAGUCAGCCUCUUGAAGAAAGUACCAGCACUGAAGGAUGGAGACUUCACCCUUGCAGAAUGCACUGCCAUCCUGCUGUACCUGAGCCGCAAGUACAACACUCCUGACCACUGGUACCCCUCAGACAUCCAGCAGCGGGCCCGUGUGGAUGAGUACCUGUCCUGGCACCACGCCAACAUCCGGGCCAACGCUCCCAAGACCAUGUGGAUCAAGGUGUUGAUUCCCCUCUUCACAGGGCAGCCACUGCCCUCGGAGAAGCUCCAGGAGGUUAUGGAGGGGCUGUCCACUUCCCUGAAGCAAUUUGAGGAGAGGUUUCUGCAGGACAAGGCUUUUAUCAUUGGGAGUGAGAUCUCCCUGGCAGAUCUUGUGGCCAUUGUGGAACUGAUGCAACCUGUUGGAGUUGGUUGUGACAUCUUUGAAGACAGACCCAGGCUGAGGGAGUGGCGCAGGCGGGUGGAGGAUGCUGUGGGGAAAGAGCUUUUUUUCCAAGCCCAUGAGAUGAUCCUCAAUAUCAAAGAACUGAGCAAUAUUCAAAUUGAUCCACAGCUGAAAGAGCAACUGGCACCUGUGUUGAUGAAGAUGUUGAAAUGAAUUAACCUAUCUUAGCA